UCCAUAUGGUAGGAUUUGAAGUCGCCCACAGUGCUUGGCCAGCGAACAGUUGGGUUUGUCGGAAUUUCAAUCGCAAUUAGCCACGAUGCCUAGUGCCAGAAGGAUGAUUCUGGGGCACGUCAUGUCCGGACUGUGCUCCAAAAUGAACCGCACCAAGCAGCUUCCGGCGGAUCUCAUGGAAACGCCACUGAAUCGAUGUUUAACUACGUUCGACAUAACACUGCUAGGUAUCGGUCAUAUGGUGGGUGCUGGUAUCUACGUGCUCACCGGAACCGUGGCAAAGGAAAUGGCUGGGCCCGCCAUCGUACUCUCGUUCACCCUGGCUGGCAUUGUGUCACUCCUUGCCGCUCUGUGCUAUGCGGAGUUUGGAACCCGCGUUCCCAAGGCCGGCUCGGCGUACGUCUACACCUACGUUUCAAUCGGUGAGUUUUGGGCGUUUGUCAUAGGCUGGAACAUCAUCCUGGAGCACAUGCUCGGGGCGGCCUCGGUGGCCCGAGCAUGGAGUGGCUACGUCGAUUCGAUGCUUGGCAACGUGGUCGCCAACCUAACGAUGGAGGUGACGGGCGAAAUGCACGAGAAGUUGCUGGCAAAGUAUCCGGACUUUCUUGCCUUCUUCGUGUGCCUGAGCUACGCGGUUGCGCUGGCCGCCGGCGUCAAGGCGACGGCCAUGAUCAACAGCAUCCUGACAACGGUGAACGUGGCCGUGAUGACGCUGGUCGUGGUGCUGGGUUUCUGGUACGCUUCGAUCGACAACUGGUCGCUGCCGAAUCAGGGAUUCAUCCCCCAUGGGUACGGUGGUGUGCUGGCGGGAGCUGCCACUUGUUUCUACGCCUUUGUGGGCUUUGACAGCAUUGCCACGUCCGGGGAGGAGGCCAAAAAUCCAAGCGUCUCAAUUCCACUCGCCACCAUACUGUCGUUGUGCGUGGUUACGGUCGGCUACGUUCUGGUAUCGGCAGCAUUAACGCUGAUGAUUCCAUACAAUGAGAUAAAUCCGGCCGCAGCCCUUCCGGAUGCGUUCGGAACGCGUGGCAUCACCUGGGCGAAGUACGCCAUCUCAACGGGGGCCAUCUGUGGAAUGACAACGACCUUGCUCGGAUCUUUGUUCGCCUUACCUCGUUGCCUCUACGCCAUGGCUAGCGAUGGGCUGCUGUUUUCCUGCUUCGGCAAGGUAAACACCAAGACGCAGGUGCCACUGCUAAAUCUGGCCUUGUCGGGACUGUGCAGUGCACUGCUGGCGUUGCUCUUCGAUUUGGAAAAAUUGGUCGAGUUCAUGUCGAUCGGAACGCUGCUUGCGUACACCAUAGUUUCAGCGAGCGUCAUCGUACUCCGGUACCGGCCGAUUUCGGUCGAGGAAACGGUUCAUCUUGCACCGGACACUCCCGGGACGGACGAGGAAGAUGGCGGCCCGGUGGGAAGCGACACCCUGGCUGCCCCAGCGUCAAGUGGUGGUGGAAUUGACUCGUCUUCCCAGUCCAGCACGAUCGAUCCAUCGUCGCCGACAAGUGAAAUGAUCGAAAUCGCACUCGCCGGGCGACUGCGACCUCAGUUCCGCUGGCUGGAACCGGUAUUGGGACGCUGUGAGCCGGGUGUGGCCUGUUCCGGUGCGGUACUUAUGUUCUGCGUGCUCAGUGUGGCCAUCUGCUUCCAGCUUACGAGUUCUUGGGACGAGCUGUACAACGGUACCUGGUGGGCGCUGGGACUUUACGGAUUCCUACUAUUCUGUCUUGUGGCCUGUGUGGUAGUUAUAUCAGCUCAUCAUCAAAAUACCCGCGGACUACAGUUUAAGGUCCCGUUCGUGCCGUACAUUCCAGCGCUAAGCAUUUUCUGCAACAUCGAGCUCAUGGUACACCUCAGCUUUUUGACCUGGCUGCGGUUCUUCAUUUGGCUGUCCAUCGGAAUGCUCGUGUACUUCCUGUACGGUAUUCACAACAGCAAGGAAGGCGAACUCGGUACGUCGUACUCGAUGCUGAUGUCCACGAACGAGGCGAUUCGGGGCUGGGGAUCGACCAGCACGGCGCUUGGAGGUGGCACAAAGGUAACCGUCACGAAGAUCAUCAAGGGGAGAAUAAGCCGCAAAACGGCCGGUGACAAGCAGGCGAUCGUCGACGACGACGAUGAUGACGAUUCUUAAAUGGAGUCACGAUAAACCAAAACGGUUAGGACCACUGUUCCAUUUAAGUGAACCGUAUCAGUUGAGUUUUACUAUGAUAGAAGAACGAUGUUUUAUCAAGACAUUCCGUUAGACUUUAACAGGACGCUUGGUAGUCACACUUGUCUUAAGUACAUUACAUUCAUGGUAGACUUAAUUCGAUGAGCUUUUCUCAAAGAAGAAUUUGGUAAACUUUACGAUAGACAUAUUUGUUAGGCAGACCUUUUACUUGAACAUUUUCAAACAACUAUAAAACAACACUUAGUCGUAUUUCAAAGGGACUAAUACUGUCUAAGCUACUUGCAAACUAAUAACAGAUGCAAAAUGUGUUAACAAUUUUGUACGAUGCUAUCUACCAAAGAAACGAUUGCCAUUACCUCUCGGGCAAAGAAACAAAACGCACCUGUCAUAUUACUUUGUAAUUAAUGUUUUUGCUAAGGACAAACAUUAUGUUGAUGGUGUACGUAAAUGAUGAUUUAUGUUUAUUAAAAAAUAACGAAAUUUCAUUAAACACAGUAUUAGAUAUCAUGCUACUAACAAUUGCCUUAGAAAAAUUAAUGUCUCCGCAUGAAGCUAGCGUUUCUGUCCUUUUUAAGUGAACAUUGUAGUCUACAGCUGGGGUAAAAUAUGUGUACGCUUUGAAAGGACCCGUUUAGUAAGAUAACUAUCCUAAUAUAUCUGAAUAAUUUGCGAAAGUGUUGCUAGUUUAAAUAAUUGUUAUGUUGUGAUACACGAAAAUAUGCCUAACCCUACCAUUUCCGAGCUACUACUUUAUCCUUCCAAGGACUGUUAAUAUCUAUACAUUUUUUAAAGAAAAUAAGUCACACAACAAAUAUCAAGUCCAGUAUUUUAUGGAUUGUUUGGUACGUCCGAUACAGUCGUGGCAAGCGAGCCACUGUUCAACCACCGACCUUAGACGCUCUAAGCACUAUACAGUAUGAGGAAACACUUUUAAAACGGGUAACUUACGUCACUAACAGGCACCUAAUUUUCCUCUACCGUUGCUUUGCUGUGUAAAUCAUACAAAGCAAAGAUUUUUUUAUUGAAGACCUUCCCAUUAGUUUUUCUCGCAAAGCGAUACCUUUCGUAGUUUAUAAGCCGCAAACAAUAUACAUACAUUCAAAUUGGUAACCGAAUAGUGAAUCAAGCCGUAAACGGCCGCUGUAUAUUACAAAAAAGUAUAGUAGAAUUUAAUGCACGGUCAAUAAAAGAGUACAUAUUCAUAUUGCAAAACUACUGAAAACACGAAGAGAUAGAUCACCACGCAUCGUGUUUAGAUAAUUGUCCGUAUCCGGUACUUGUUACAGAUUACAGUAAUAACUAUACUUAUCUCGUAACUCAAACUAAACAUGGCACACGAAAGCAGACUAGCAAAGCAUAGCAGACAAACUGGCUAAGUAAACGAAUGGUUAUUAUCAGAAAAGGUGUCGCGCAAACAUCCAUUAAAACACACAAGAUAGCUCCAAGCAUAAUCGGACUACCAGAGUACACUAGAUCAAUUAGUAGUUUACAACUACGCCACAAGUUUCUAUCAGUUCUACAAGGUUUUUUAUCUACACCUACUGAUUGCGAUGUGUGUGUUCAAUACAUGCUUCGAAUAUAUUACGAACAUAAAUGCAAAAUUACGACAUAAAUAACCAUUAAAAUGCAAGCUACCAUGAACCCAUCAAAUAAGAACAAUAAAAUAU